UUAUAGUGUUAAGCACAUAAAAAGACUACUCGACAAUAAGACCUUCCAACAAGUUUUUCGAUCACAGAAUAAUCUAUCCCUCUCCAAAAACAGAAUUGAAAUGCAAAGAAAACCGCUUCCGCGUUUGAUAAGCACACUCAACUAAACUUGUCCUUUGCUUUCACGACCAUACUACAGGCAGUCGUUUCGUGUACUGUCCUCAGAAAAAAAUGGUAAAAAUUAUUUCUGUUGAAAAGGACGUUUUUAGUGGCAAGUAUAUUUUACACGAGAGACUCCUUAAGUACGAGUUUGCGCUCGAAACAAUCUCGCCGACUCCGUUUUUUUUCGCGCAAAUGAUCGACUACCUUCAGAACUGCGCGAAUGAUGCGUGCGACAUCUCAAACCACUUUGAACUCUUGCCAUCUGGCUCGAUCAAUGGAAGUAUAUCUGCAUUCGUUACAAACAGGGGAUAGUGAUUGAUUUUUCUGUUAGAUUUAUUUGAUAACUUACCGUAGAGCGAAAUUAUGUUUGCUUUUCGAGUUUCCCCGUUCUGAUCGUGGAUUUAAUCCAUCAUAAAGCUGACUGCGGUCGGUGUUAAUUCGAUCACCAAAAAUGAUCACUAUAAUAACUAGCCUUGGUAAAAAAGAAUAUAUUAACAUUUUCAGUUCGAAAUUGUUGCUUAAAACUCUCGUCGCGUGUCAUUUCCUGGGACAGAUUAUUUUAUCUUUGCAUGCAUGGCAGUCGCUGCCAUUCAACCAAGCUCUCACUGAUAAGUCACCUUAUCAUGUAGAGCUAAGGAUUGCAAAUUCAAUGUACAGAAACAAAUGAUAUAAUUUCUGUUAAGACUGACAGUAAGCCGGCUGAAUUUUACAGCAUGCUCGCGAUAUACCCCGAUUCAAGUAUAUACUUAUUUUCGUGCAAGAGGCGUAGCAUAAAUAUUAAUAAAUGGGAGCCUUGAAUGCAUGUUGCAAUCAAAAAUUGAGUCGUGCCAAAAAAACUUUGUCCAAAGUGAAGUAUCUAGAAAAGCUGAAAGUUACAGGCACGUUUAAAACAUAUCUUUCGUCGCAGUCACCAAACGAACGUUUUUUUGCACUCGGAAAUCAAAUAAAGUUGGCAAUUAUGAUUAGCAUAUUGCAUGUAACGUUUAUUUUUAUCACAUCAAUUCGGAAGUAAGCGUUCAGCUACAAAAAUUGCUUCACUAAAACGUUCGUUUUUAUCACAUCAAUUUGGAAGUAAGCGCUCAGCUACAAAAAUUGCUUCACUAAAACGUUCGUUUUUAUCACAUCAAUUCGGAAGUAAGCGCUCAGCUACACAAACUGAUAAUACAAUUGUCCUUAAAACAACUGAAAUUAAGUGAAGUUGAAGAGUUGGCCACUAAAUUUAUCAGUUGUUCAGAACUUGCUGGUUUAUAACACUGAUUUAUAAAAAGAAAAGCUUACAGCGUUGUCGAAUCAAUUUUUAACGCUGAUGUUCAACGCAAUAUUUUCGUGUUUUGGUUACCUCAGAAAGAGUGCUUUUAAAAUGUUUGUUUAAUAAACAAAAAUCUAAAAUCUGCUUGUUUGACGUCCACGUCACCCUUAACGCAAACAAAAAUUCACGGUUUGCGUGAUAACGCACGAAUUACGUCCGAUACAGUACGUGAGAGAGUUUAGCCGUAGGUAGAUGAAAGAGGAUACCGCGGGUUCUCAUUUAAAUUUAUGAAUAAAUAACAAAGAGGCAAAAAGGAACCUAAAACUAGCACUGCACGCAGAAUGAAUCUGUCCAGGGUUAUGCCAAAAAGAAAAAAGCUGCCGAGAAAAGCUAACUUCACGUAUCAAUCAUCGCACGAAAAGCAUGAAAAAGUUAUCAAUUUUAGUGAAAGAAUUUGCACAAUUUACACUUCUUACCCAAUAGAAAAGCGCGUCGUCCUACGCAAUUUCAGUCAAAAAUUAAAUUGGAACCGAGUGAAUUAAUUUUCCUCAUCAGCGCAUUUUAAUAUGAAUUAACUGCCCACAAAAAAAUUGAUUCACACUUCUCGACCAAUCGUGUGAAUGGAUUACGUGGAAUCAACCAGUCAUAAUUCAAGGAAACCAGUUCAGUGUACGUAACAGGUGGCAAUUGAAGGGUUUACCUCGCGAGCCAUAAUUAUCAAAACAAAUUGCAACCAGCGUCAAAUUGAGAGGAAACGAAACUUCAACGAACAGGACGUUUAAAUUCCUCCGACUGCGAUCAAGGGUACAGUGGUGUAAUAAACAGACUAAGCAUGAAAGAUAUAGAUUGUUUGCAGAAAACCAGACUCGCGCAGCUUCAAGAUUCAAACAGCGACGAAAUGCAAAGAGUUUGUCAAGAAGCUAAGGCCCUAGCCAAAGACCUCGUUGAGUAUCGCACUGGAAAGGGAAACCCUCCUCCGAGUCGCACUGCUGCAAUUUUGAGAAGGCUGUCAGAUGAACUUGAGGAUCGUCAUCCUGCAGUGCUCGCCAACAUGUGUGGAAGGCUUAACAUACUUACUGGUUCUGCACAUACAAAAUUUGUGCAAGUUGCUGACGAAGUUUUCCGCGAUGGAGUGAACUGGGGCAGAAUUGUGGCGAUUUUUGCGUUUGGAGCGAAACUAGCCCAAUACUGUUUUAGAAACAGACUCGAGAAGGAAGCAGAUGAUAUAGCUGACUGGGUUGGAAAUUAUAUUUCAAGUCUAUCGGGCUGGAUUCGAUCAAAUGGUGGCUGGGAGGCGUUUAACCAGAUCUUUAGCGAGGCAUACGACGAAAGAGACAGGUCGUGGUGGAAAAAACUGUGUCUGGCUGCGGUGGGGUUCGGCGCACUGGCGACAUUAGUCUAUCAACAGUCAAGUUGACUUGAAUUCCACAUCAAACAUCGGUAGCUAUCGAAAGACAGUACAUAGGAAGAGUUGAGAGAUUUGUCUUCUGAAUUCCGUUCUCUCGUUUUCAUAAAACAACGAACGGUUAUACAAAAAAUAUCAUUUUCGCUUGAAUACGCGCUCUUAAAACUGCAUUCCUCAGUUGAAAGAGCCGCUUACUGCAAACCUUUGGGGAAGUAGGAAGUAUUUUCCAGCAAGGAAGUCCUAAAAAAGCGCCUAGUCAACAUUAAAGGGGGGAUACCAAGCUUAUUUGUUUUUUAUCAUAAAUUAUUGCUUUUUUCUAGACAGAGUGAUUUCGCACACUCAUGAGCCCCCAAUACCAACAGAGCUAGCCAGCGCUCUCACGCAGCCGGUGUAAAAGACGAAGUUUUUAAGAAAAAUACAUUUCGUUCACACUGUGCUAAGGAGAUAAUACGAAACUGCCUCUAGUGGAAUUGAGUUUUAUGCGAGUAUCUGAUGCUGGCAUUUAGGACAACUAUUUUUACCAAAACAUCUUUGUUACGAUUCAUUUUACAUAGAACAACGUGUAUUAAUUCAUUUCUACGCUGACUCACAUGCUUCGUAAAAGAAAAUGACAGUUUUUCUAGAAUAUAAGAAACCAUGAUAUCCAAUUGCAACUUAGUUCACGUAAAGUUUGGACCAAACGGUCUGAUUUAAAAGUGUAUAAAGACAUUUCCUUCCAGUUUCCGUUGAUAGUGAUAUAUUUAUCAUAAAAGAUUCUUAAAAUCGAGAUUUUAGUAGGCAAGGUCCGGUACCGCCAUAGUUUUUAUUUAUAUACUAAAUUCCUCCAUAAUUUUGUAGCCAUGACUAAAUACAGAAAUGUUAGAUAUAUAGCCAGUCAUAUUUUAUGUAGGAUAAAAUUCACUAAUAUUUAAGGGCUGACAUAUACGUACCUAUUAUUUAAUGAAGGAAUUCCAUUCCAUGCUGAUUUAUGGGUUUUUUUUUUGCGAGUCUGAUGUAUCUUUGUGCGCAUAGAGCGCUUUUCGAUUGAGUGUCGUUAUAAAAAUGCCGAAGUAAUCUCAACAGCCAAUCAAAAGAAAGAAAGGAAAAUGCCCCUUAACGGGACCACUGAGAAAUCAAAGUAAUAACCAAACUGGCCAAAGCGCGGGAAACGCUGGCGACCAAGACGUGAUUGGUUUAAAUUUUGUAACUGAUUGGUUAAAAGAACGGCGCGAGUUUUCUGGACCAAUCAUAAAGCAAGUAAACGCUCACUUUUGACACUCAAUUGAUGAAUGCCCUAUAAAGCCGAUAAAGUUGCUUAAAGGUGAUUCCUUAGAAAUAAAAGUUGUCGUUAUACA